UUUCAUACAAACGUUUAUCAUUGAAUGAGUAUAAUAUAAUACAAAAUAAAUUAUCAUAGUUAUUAUAUUUUUACUAGAUUGUUAUGUUUUAUUAUUUAAAAUUUCUUUUCCUAAUUUUAUCACACUGAUUAAAAAUUUAAAGGUAUUUAAAAUAUAAGUUUUCGACUUCUGUAAAACGUCUAAAUGACAACCUACAUAGAUAUCCAUUUAUUUUAUAUACUCCCGGUGAUUGGUGUACUAUCAUUAAUCACCCGACCAUUUCUCAACCGCUCAGAAGUUUUUAAAAUUUCAUUCAUAAGUAUCAUAGCUUUUGUGUAUACAACUCCAUGGGACAACUAUAUCAUCUACAAUAAAGGCUGGUCAUAUCCAUCCGAAAAAGUCUUAGGUGUUUUUGGAUAUGUACCUAUUGAAGAGUACAUGUUUUUUAUUACACAAACAGUUCUGACAUCGUUGUGGGCUUUGCUCUGUGUCCGAUGGUCAACUCCGUGCUUAAAUUUUAACUAUGACAAACACAGUUACCAAUUGAUUCGAUGGAUACCGAUAGCGUUUUUGGCCAUAGCCACUGUCGUAGGUUAUAUAAUUACCAUACCCGGACAACCAACGUUUUACUUGGGCUGUAUACUAUGGUGGGUAUCUCCGGUGGUUAUGUUCUUGUGGUACGGAGCAGGCAAUUUUUUUGUGAAAAAAAUAAUUCCGUGUUCUUUUGCGGUCCUGGUUCCUACGUUGUACCUGUGUUGGGUUGAUCAAUUCGCCCUCAAGGAAAACAUUUGGCAUAUCAAUGAAAAGACAAUGUUAAAUAUAUUCGUCGCCGAAGACUUGCCAUUUGAAGAAGCAUUUUUUUUCUUUAUAUCAAACGUUAUCAUUGUCUUGGCGGGGACUUGUUAUGAUAAAUCACGCGGUAUAAUAGAGACGUACACUUUGGAGUUUCCACAACGAUUUAGUAUUAGUUGGACAUAUAUUCGCCAAAUGUUCUGGGCAUUCGCAACAUCAGAAUAUAAUUUGCCACAAAUCGUGACGGGAGAUAUAAAAGAAAGUAUUGAAAUUAUUAAAGUCGCUUCAAAAUCAUUCACCACUGCCAGUUUUCUUUUUCAAGCCGGAAUUCGAUUAGAUUUAAUCAUUUUGUACUCAUUUUGCCGUGUAACUGAUGAUAUGAUUGAUAAUGAGUUGGAUAUCGAAAAGAAAAAACGAAAAUUUGAGUUAACCAAAAAUUUUAUCAACGAAUUAUUUUAUGAUAGGAAAUCAGAUUAUGAUGUUGGAACAAAACCAAAAAAAUUGAAUAUUGAUUGGAAAAAGUAUGAAUCUGAAUUAACUGACGUGGAGAUGUCAUCUUUUCGCUCAUUAUCAAGAAUCGCAUUUUAUUUGCCUCGUAAGCCUUUCGAAGAGUUACUUGCAGGUUACGAAUGGGAUAUUGAGGGUAGAUUAGUCAGAAAUGAAGACGAUUUAUUAUUAUAUUCCACCUAUGUGGCCGGAAGUGUCGGUGCAUUAUGUGUUUAUGUAAUGAUGUACAGGUGCGAUAAUAACAAUUUUGAACUUGUUGAAAACUAUGAUUAUGUCAUAGAAAAAGCAUAUCAAAUGGGACAAGCUUUGCAACUUGUGAAUAUUGCCCGUGAUAUCGUCACUGACAGCGAAACAUUGGGUCGGUGCUAUGUACCCACCGAAUAUAUGGACGACGAAGACGAAGAAAUAAAAAUCUUAUGCCAGGAAAAAAAACCAAGGUCUCUUGGUGAUAAGAAAUUAAAAAAAUAUUCCACACGUAUAAUCCACUUGGCCAAUAAACAACAAUUUGAAUCGGUGGACGCUAUCAAAUGUUUGCCGCGAGAAACAAGAGGUUCGGUUCUAGCAACAACUGAUAUUUAUCGAGGGCUUGUUUCUGCUAUCCAGUCUAGUCCAACGUAUCCGACUAGAGCUUCAUUGUCAAAAUGGAAUAAAAUUGUAAUAGGAAUUUAUUCCUUAUAUAUUAAAAGCAUUCAGUACGUUGUAUAAUAUAAUUUAUAUAUUGAAUGUAUAAGCCCUAUAUAAUUAUAAUUUAUAAUUCAUAUUGAAUAGUAGUGGGUUGCAACCAUUUAUGUUGUGAGAGCAUACAUUUUUAAGUCUACUUUUAAACACCAUCAUGGCGUUCAAUGGUGGACUAUGAAAAAAUGUGGCUUUUGAAAAUUAUAUUUGACCGAUCCUUUGAAUUUGUUUUCUUCUAAAUAUAAUAGUGUUGUUUUUUUUUUUUGAGGGAGAUAAAUUAAUAUAUACAUACUUUCAGGACCGGUGCAAGCAAAUUUUUAUAUGUAGGAAAAGAUCAAAAUUGCCGCCUCUUGUUUUAUAAUUUUUUUCUUAUAUGCCGCCUCUAUAUAUAAAUAUAAACUUUGCCGCCGUAGGCUUGGACCUAUGUCGCCUACGCCUAUAACCGGCCCUGCAUACUUUCUUAAAUAUUAUAUUGAACAUAAUGUUACCCUCAAAUUAGUCGAUAUUAAACAAAUUAACUCAUGUUUUGCUCUUAAUUAAAACAGAAUAUAAUAUUGAAUUUAAAAUAAAUGUACACAGUUCUUUUUAAUCUUAUAAAUAACUUAUUUUUAACAAUGUCAAUUUCUUCACCGUCAUUAUAAUUUAAAUUUUUAUAGUAUUUAUAUAGUAUUAGCUAUUACUAAGUUUAGUAUAUUUUAUUAGUUAUAUAUUUGUAUUACUAUUACAGUAGUAUAUUUUACUAUUAGUUAUACAGUAAAAUAAAUUUUUGCCUAAGAAAUUGAAUUUAUUAUAUUGUAAGUUAUUACUUAUAUCAUACCUAUAUUAUUGUUAUUAACUUUUCAGUCACUAUUGACUUAUCGUAGAACAGUGUAAAAAUAGGUUCGUAUGUAUUUUUUUUAAAUAGCAGUUAUUGGAAUAUAAGUAUAGAGUUCCAUACUUUU